UACUAUUUGACUAUCCCAAAUUAAACUGCUGUAGUACACAAAGAAUCAACGCAUAUUACAACAAUAUAAUGGUUAAUUAUAUGCCGCCAAGCGACAAGAAUUUCGAAUUCAAUUGGAACGAUGGCGUCGACAAAUCUUUUUUGCUUAUGUCAAUGAUUGUCUCGGUAAUCGCGACGCUGCUGCUCCUGCUCAUCUACUUUUUGGUGGCCUACUUCCUGCCAAGCCCUAUUAAUCGGCAACAGGUCAACGAGUGCUGUCGUCGGCGUUAUGCCAACUUUAUCUUUCGUCGGCUAUUGUCUCAGCUGGAUGAUGCAUUCAAGCAGCGACCAAUUGCUGGCGAGGAGUUGAUAUGUUGCAUCCAAGCCAGAGAGCAGGCAUUUUCGGCCAUCCUAAUGUUUUGUCGGGAUGCCGCUACGGUUUUAUACCCCGAAUGUGAGCUGGACUCGCCGGCAGCUAGCGAAGUCUACUGUGUGCUGGACGAGGAGGAGAACGAACUCAUUGCCAAGGGCUAUGCCAGCGUCGAUGUUGAUGUCACAACUGGUUUCCUGAAGAGUCUACUUUAUCCCAAAAGUGCUGAGCCCUCUCUUUCUACCAAUAGAAUCAUUUUGUAGCUUUAUAUCAAGGGCUUAAAUAAUCAUUGUACUAAUCAUUUGUUGAAGUGCUAAA